AUGGGUUUUCAGGACGAACUGUUAAUGUUUACAGUGGUGUGUUUGCUGUCCGACCGCGACUGGCUGAGGAAAAGAGUCAUUCAGUGGAUUCAGGCGGAGGGGGAAUCGGGUCAUCUGGGUCCAGGCGUCCUGAAGGCUUAUUUCCAGACGUACGACGACGGGGAUUCCCAGCUGGAUUCAAAAGAGUUCCUGAGGUUCCUGAACCACAACGAAACAGCGUUCAACCUCACUUUCCCCAAUACUCCAGAAACCAACCCGCUCCUGAGGUCUCUGUGCGUCGACGCUUUGAUCGAGCUGUCGGACGAAAACGCCGACUGGAAGCUGAAAUGUGCUCUGGAGGAUGAAACCUAUGAGGACGGAGCGGAGACUCAGAUGCAGUGCAACAAGUGUGUGUGUGCCUGUGGGAACUGGGUCUGCACGGCCCUGACCUGCAACGGGGAGCGCCAGAUAAUGGAGGAUGGUCCGGAAAGAGGAGAAGAAGAAGAAAUGACAGAGGAGGAGUGGAACAGGAGAGUGGCCGAACUCAACACUUUACAGGUUGAUGAUUAA